ACCAAGACAAGCGGUCUGUCUCACUCAGACAGACGCCAUUUUUGUAAAAACUACAGCUGUGAUUAUACUUCAUGUUCAUUCUUCAAAGUUUUGCUGUUUAUUGCGCUCAUAUUAAAUAUAAUUCAAUUUAGACGAAUAUUUUAGACCAUUUAAAGAUUUACACAUCAUGACAGAGAAAGCAGAAACCAAGACAGAGGCAUUACCGGAUUUGGAUGACUUAUUACAAUGUCCCGUGUGCUACGAGAUUCCAUCCGGGCAGAUUUUCCAAUGCAACGAGGGACACCAUGUAUGCGGCAGAUGUAAGAUGCGCCUGGACGUGUGUCCAGUCUGCCGCGCCCUUUUCUUUGGGACACGCAACUACGCAAUGGAAGAACUCAUUGCCAAUGUCAAAAAGCUCAGAGCUUUUAAAUUGGGUGGUAAAGUAACUACUGGUACAUCAUCCUCGGAAAACAGUACACCUGCAAUUGAAGAGCCAGCAGCAGAAAAUGAAGAAGAAGAAGCCGAAGAUGAGGAAAAUAAUUUGAAUUUUGCUAGUCGCCCUGCAUUCAGAGCACCUCCAGCUUGCAAAGGUCUUUUCCGUUGCCUGUGCUGUAAAGUGGGUAACGCUGAGCGACUGCCCGCGGCGCGACUGCUGAAUCAUUUGCGCUACUACCACGCACCCGAACUUCUUGAGGGCCAGUCAGAGAAUGGAGAAUAUUUACAAGCAUGGCAAUUUUCAACUGUGCCAGGAAGGCUGGUGACUGCUGUACGAGUGGCUGACAUGGGAAUUUUCUUCCUGGUUAUUGAAAUUAGCAAUGAUUCGGUGUAUGCAUGGUUGACGAUGGCAGCGUCUCCUUGGGUUGCCCACGAAUUCUGUUAUACUGUUACCAUAUCUGGCAACGAUCGCGAAGCAAUUUUCUCUGACAGCGUAUGGUCUGUAAGAUCGUGCGAGGGCUCAUUAAGGAAGCGUGGACAUUGUUUGGUGGUGAACGGGACAGACGCGCGUGCUUUAGUAGCACCUGCGGCGAUCAGCGGCAAGUUGUCGGUGCGGCGAGUGCCCACGGACCAGGUGGCGCAGCAGACGCAGCCGCGCGCCGUGCUACGCGUGGCCAGCCGCGGCAACGCUCGCGACUCUGCGCGCGCCCCGGCACACGACCUCGAACCUUUCCUGCAAGACUUACAAAACGAUGUGGCUCGCCUCUCUCGGGCGUUCGCCACACUUGGCCGCGAAGCCAACGCUCUAGUGCGUUCCGAGGCGGAGAUGCGAGCUAGAAUUGAAAAUGGAAACAGACCUGGGGCCAAUCGUCCUGGGGCUACGUCGCCACCUGUUCCUCCUCCGGUUGUACCUCCUAACCCGCCGCAGGUUGCGCCUCCAGUUAACGAUAAUGAACGCCCACCCCUUUCUCGUAAUGCUCGUAGACGCAUGCGCCAGCGAGUUCGAGCAGCAUUAAACGCCCCCCAGUCCCCCCCGGAGCGCACACCACCUGCACGCGCCAACGGUCCACCUACUCCAGCGCCGAGACAAAAUGGGAUUGCCAGUGUUCCUGCUCAAGCUCCUAGUGCCCCAAUUCAACGGCACACACUGUUCUCAGGUCUGGCUAUACAUCACCAGCCAACAUCGUCUUUACAACAGGCUCCACCACAAUCAUCCAGCGGUGUGACUAACGGGAUUCCUCACAAUGAAAAUGAUACACGCACGUCCAAGAAGAAGCGUCGUCAUCGUAGAUAAGCGUAUUUUACCUUUAAUUAAGUAAUAUUACAAAUUGAGGAUGAAUAGGUAGUUACGGUGGAUGUUGACUGCUCUUUUUAGAGUCUCAAAAUUGCCUCUGGGGUCUCCUACUGUGACGAACUUUACAAUAUUGUAAAUAUUUUAACACUGCAAUUAUGUAAGUGCUGUGAUAUUAAUGAUUUAUUAUGUGAGGCAAUACUGCCAUUCAAUACACUACUUAAUUACCUAUGAAUAUUUGACAUGGAGUUAACCCCAGGGUAAAUAAAAUAAUACUUGUGAUUCAAUAAUGGAUUAUUGUUGUUUAUUAAUUAUUGACUAAUUUCAUGAUUUUUCGUAAAUGAAGUGCAUUUGUGGACUGUUUAUUAUGAAUUUAUGAUGUUGCUGUAUAUUUUAUAAGAAUAAUAAUUUGACUAUGGUAUAAUGCUAUUUGCUUGUUUUAAUGUAAUCUCUGAAUUCGUUGUAGAAACACAACGCUUGUUAAUUGUAUCUUAGCAGAAGGUAGUUAGAAUACCUAAUUAUAAUGUAAGAAAUAUU